GAGCGCCGUCCACAGCUGACACUGUGACUACAUUUGGAGCGACAGUCUGCGUGGGGAGGGAGGGACCGACGUGUCUGUGGACGAACGGUAGCAACUUUCAUGCCCACUUCACUCGGCGUGCAGUGCUCGGAGAUGUCUCACCCACUGGUGAACAGAUUAUUCUGCAACCCCUGAAAGGUGGACUACCAGCGCACAAAGGCUUCAGCUCCAAUGGAUCUAAACUUCACUGGAAGAAAGUGCGACCCGUGUGUUCAGCCUUAGCUGAAAGUGAAGGAAGAUCAAGAAAUCUGCCUCUUGUUUCUGAAUGUUCUACAUCUAUUCAAGGAAAGUCGACUGAGUCUUUGUAAGAAACAUGGACACCACAGAGAACCCAGUGCUGGAGCCCAGGUCAGAGCGCAUUGCUCGCUACAAAGCUGAGAGGAGGCGAGAACUGGCCGAGCGCUUCGGCAACUUGGAGGAGCUUCCUUCAAAGUGGGUUAGGAGAGACGGAAAGGAGGUAGUAGACCCAGCUGCCCGCGCCCACAGAGAGAGCCUAAUUUCAGACAGCCUCAGUGAGAGAGUGAACGGCAGGAUGCAAGGGGUUACAAAUGGAGUCGAAGUGGACAACGCCGAGUCCAACCACACAAGAAGGCAGGGUUCCCAGGACUCUGCCAGCAUGCUGAGUGGGGAGGGUUGCCCUGUCCCUCACGGACCCGACGCCCGGCAGCUCCGAACUGGGGUGUCAGUGGGCCGGUUAAGAAGCACCCUCCUGCACCAGACGAGGAGCGGAGCACAACCUGAGAACGUUUGCCCUGAUGCAGGGCGUACCACUUCGUCUCUGGAUCUGGCCUCUGAUGCAGGUCGGAGACGCACCCGGCGCUACCUCCCCGGAGGGUCAGGAGGCGGUCGCAAGACCAGCGAGCGCUUCAGGACGCAACCAAUCACAGCCAAUGAGAUGGAAGAGAGUGGCGGGCUGGUGGAUGCAGAGGAAGAGAAGAACAGUAAAGCUGACGUCAAAACAGACGACAGAGCCAAAAUGAGCGUGGCAGCCAAGAUGUCUUUGUUUAAAGAGCUGGAGAAGUCUGCUGCCCCCGAGGCCUCUGCCUUUCUGAAGCCCCGCCCUGGCAGCAUGGGUCAUGAGCGUAGGGUGCGACGUGGAAAUGACCAUCGCUUUCUCACCCAGCCAAUCACGUGUGAGGAAAUUGUGGCGAUCAGCACCCCAAAACCAGCUCAGCCAGUGGAGCCUCAGCCUGUGCAGACAGAGUCAGUGGAGGACAGUGAUGAGAGCUGCAAACUGAGCAUGAGUGAGAAGCUGGCACUCUUUAACAAACUCUCUCUGCCAGGGAGGCAAGGGGGUGGCCCUGCUGAUGGGCCCCCAGAGAGACGAAGGCAGAAAGGAACUCGGUACCGCACUCAGCCAAUCACUGUGGAGGAGGUCAGCCUGCUCCAGAAAGGCCCUGUUCAACUUCCUGUCUUCAGUUUGUCCCCUCAUCUGUACGACAGACAGCAGGCCUCUUCUGUCAACCUCAAACCCAGCGAGCUUCGCCUCUCCCAGCCAAGACUAGACCCCGGUCCUGUUAAUUCAGAGCUUAGUGGCUCUGGCCAGGAAGGCCUACAUCGCUACGCAUCAGAGCCUGGCCUAAGAGGAAUUUUGAAGAAGAGCUGCAGGACAGAGAGUGGUCGAAUGGAUGCAUCCGUAAGACAUGAACAGAACGGUGGAAGCUGUGAAGACGCAGGGCUCAGAGGGAGGAUGGAGUGCACGGAGCUGCCGGAAAUUCCUUUACCACCACGCAGAGAGAGACGGGGGGCGUCAGACGUGGAAAGUGCCGCUCCAUGGAGGCAGAGGGCUCGAAACAGGAGGGAAACCAUUGCCUGUACUCCAAUCAGAGUGUUGCCAGAGCAGGACGGUCCUCAGGAGGAGAAACCCUGCAAGAGUGAAGUGCAGGAGGUUCAUUUUGCAGGACAAAACAUUGAAACUAAUGGCAAGGUUCAGCACCAAAUUGAGGAGGAAAGUGUGAAGAAGAUAAAUGAAGAAACAGCAGCGACAGUGAAUGUUCAGGUUACAACAGAAGAUAACACCACCAAACCAGAGGAGAUGACAAAUAACAACUCAUGUAAGGAAGAGACAGAUACUGCAUGUGUAGAGAGUGUCAUCCCUCAGUGCUGGGAACCUGUCUUUGCCUCUGUCUUUUCUAGCGGUACACCCCAAUAUAUCAUGUGUUUCAACCAGACGAAUCUCUCCUUCGAGGCACAGGAGGUUUCCUCUCCUACCAAGAAUCUGAACCAGCCGCAGUGGAGACAGAAGGUGACACAGGCUAAAGGAGCUGAGGAUGAGCCUGAGACAGAGAAAGCCAAAGAAAUAAAUGCCUAUGAGGAAGAAACACCAUCCAUAGAUGCUCUAACAUGUGCAGAUGAAGAAACCACCUUGCAGUCUUUGAUGCCCUCUGAAGCAGCUCCACAGAGCUCUCCAGCCCCAAUGUCUCCACCUGAGAUGGAAGAGGAGACGCUUGCAGACGAAUCAAGCGCUUUUGAUGGAGAUCUUUGCAGAGAUCAGUCGCCUCCAUCUGCCUGUGCCCUUCCUCCAUGUGGAGAUGCCACUGUGACAGAGAGCGAGCAGGACCUUGGAAUCCUCUGCCAGACCAACACACCAAUGCUGACCUCAGCAGUAGCAGAACACCGGCGGUCGGUGCGUCCGUCCCGUCGAACCCAGGGCUCCAGAAACCCUCUAAGGGCUCUGGCUGCGAGGGAGGACAUCAGGCAGGACUUCAUGGGGGAGAGAGCCAACAUAGUUUCAGAGGAGAGGAUGCAGACUGAGAACAAGUCUAAGAACUCAGAUUCCCAUCCAACCAGGGCUGAGGACCUCAUCUCUUCCUCUGAGGCUGCAACUACAAAGUCAUAUCCUCCCUUCAGCAGCCUGAUGCUCAUCCACAUCAAAGGUAGGCGGCAUGUACAGGUACGCCUGGUGGAGCCUUCAGUGCGUUCACUGAACAGUGGAGACUGCUUCCUGCUGGUGACCCCGGAGCAUUGCAUCCUUUGGAGUGGAGAGUUUGCCAAUGAACAGGAGAAAGCCAAGGCCUCUGAGCUGGCAUCAUUCAUCCAGAGUCAGAAAGAUCUCAGCUGUCAGGCCACAAACAUCGUCCACCUGGAGGAGGGACUUAACUGUGACAGCAGCCUAGCUGCAGACUUCUGGAGCCUUCUGGGAGGACGGACACAAUACAGAGGAGCCAGUGCAGAAGAGGAGGAUGAGCUCUUUGAGAGAGGCAUAGCAGAGGCCAACUGUGUGUACAGACUGGUGGAGAACAGGCUGGUCCCUCAUGGACAGGCCUGGGCCUCCAUCCCAACCGUGUCCCUGCUGGGCUCUGAUGAGGCCCUGGUGUUUGAUUUCGGCAGUGAGCUGUACCUGUGGACCGGGCAGGAUGUUUCCCUCAGCAGGAUGGACGUUGCUCUCCAGCUGACUCACCAAGUGUGGGUCGGAGCGUAUGACUACAGCAACUGUCAAGUCAAUCCACUGGAUCCCACACAGAGUAACCCCAGCAUACCGCUGAGGGGUGAGGGACGUCCCCAUUGGGCGCUGUUUGGCUGUGUCUCAGAGCACAAUGAGACAGCUCUGUUUCGGGAAAAGUUCCUGGACUGGACAUUAAAGAGCGGAGUCAGAGAUGAAGCAGCUUUCAGGAACAAAGAGAUGAAGCCAGUGCCAUCUAUCCCAUCAUCAGACCUCCUGAGUGCCUGUGACGCCAAAGCCCUGAUGUCGGGCGAGUCGCUACAAGAAGACAGCUUGGUACAUAACAUGUUGGCUGGUGUUGACGUCCAGAGAGGGCAUGGAGUCAUCACACUGGAGGAAGGACAUCAGAUGGAGCUGAGAACGGUUGCUGUGGACACCUGGCAUGUCCAGGAGUUUGAGGACAGUGAAACUGUCAUAGAGAGCACGGGACAGCUUCAUGAAGGAGACUCCUAUGUCAUCCGCUGGACGUACAGCAUCAACACUGUUGAUAAAAUCAACGGCUCUGAUGAAUGUAAGGAAAAAGAAAACACAGCCUUGUUCCUCUGGAGGGGGCGUCACUCAAGUGUCAGUGGGCGGGACACAGCAGCUUUCCUGUCCAUUGGGAUGAAUAACCAGGAAGAGUCACAGGUGGUGGUUCCUCAGGGGAAAGAACCUCCCUGUUUCCUGCAGCUCUUUAAAGGAGGCCUGGUCAUUCAUAAAGGAAAGCGAGAGGAGUCAUCCACAAAUGCAGCAGAGUGGCGUCUGUUCUGUGUGCGAGGAGAGCUCCCGGAGGAGGGCUCUCUGUUAGAAGUAGACUGCAGCUGUGCAGGUCUGAGGUCCAGGGGCUCUGUGGUGCUGCUAAACAACCAGCAGGGGGAGCUGUUUCUUUGGAAUGGCUGUAAAGCUCAUGCCAGCACUAAAGAGGUUGGGAAGAGAGCGGUGGAGCGCCUCACUCACAUGUGUCCACCAGAGCUGGGUCUGAAUGAAAACAGACCAAUGAAGGUGUGGGUGGUGGAGGAAGGUUCAGAGCCUGCAGAGUUCUGGAUGGGAUUGGGGCAGAUGGACAGAAAAGCCUAUGACUGCAUGCUGCAAGAUCCAGGAAAGUACAGCUUCACACCUCGGCUCUUCCACCUGAGCGCCACCUCGGGGAGAUUCAAGGCUGAGGAGCUGCAGAGUCCAACGAGGCUGCCUGGGCUUGUGAUGCCGAUGCCUUUCACCCAGGAGAGCCUAUACGCUGUACCACCGCCAGCUUUGUUCCUUCUUGACAACCGUCUGGAGGUCUACCUGUGGCAGAGGGGUCAGCCUGAGCAGACAGAAAGCUCCUCCUCAGCCUGGAGCUGCUGGCACAACGAGAGGAGGUGUGCCAUGCAGACAGCGCUGCAGUACUGCAAAGAGAUGAAUCCAAGACGCCCACCGCAGGGCUACCUCAUCUUUGAGGGGUCAGAACCUCUCACGUUCACCAAUGUGUUCCCCCGCUGGGAGAGCAGCCUGGGAGCCCACAUGCAGGGCGACACCAGGCCAGUGAAGCUGACCUUGGUGCAGGACGCCCUGGCCCAGCUCAUGAAGACCCAGUACCCCCUGGAGGACCUGCUGCGAACCCCCUUGCCUGAAGGUGUGGACCCCCAGCACCUGGAGGUCUACCUGUCCGAUCAAGACUUCCAGACUAUUUUGGAAAUGAAGAGAGAUGAAUACGCCUCCCUGCCAAGCUGGAAGCAAAUUGAUCUGAAGAAAAGCAAAGGGCUGCUUUGCUAGACGAGCGGAGGCUGACUGACACUGACUGGGCCUCCGCCUCCACAGAGAAAGGAAAAUGGCAGGGGGGUAUUAACACCGUGUUGCUGCACAAAUGACUCCUCACGAUGUCAUAAAAAGAGGAAAAUAAUUCACUUUUAUUUAUGUCAAAUUAGUGUGUGGACUUUUUAUCAGAUGUGGAUUUCUCCGUAGCUAUUGUUCAGAGAAAAAAACAACAACAAAAAACACAUUUUCCUAUGAAACUUAAUUUUAUCUGUACAAAUCAAUGAGAGAUACAAAGAGAAAGAUGUGUGGGAGUGAGGGAAAGACAUCAGUAACAAACUGUGGCAUAAGGAAGAGAAAAAAAGAGUGCUUGCAAAAAAGAUCAGUGCUAAUAAACAAUGUAAACAAAGAAAAAAUAAAAGGCUAACCACUUUCUAAAUGUU